CAGGUGUAUCCGAUCAGGCAAAGGUUGCACCUUCUUUCACUACACGACCGACCUGAUGGCUUAACUUCACUCCUGGACAGAAUCCCUACUACACUCUACCCCGAGGACCACGGCUCUUUGGACAGGACCAGGAUCUUCUCAAAGUAGACCAUUCUUGAGGAUGAUCACUCACUGGGAGGCAUGACAGCUGCCCACUAAUUUCGGAUCCUACACCUGAGCUGAUCCGACGGCGUCCCGGCUUGUGCACAGUUAGCAGUAACGCCAAAGGAGGAUGACAUCUCUGCUCUACAAAUUCUCAUUGGGUCUCCUAGGGCUCCAGAUCUUUGUGAUGGGGAUACAGGGACAGUCGGAGGAUGCUCCAUCAAAGGUUUCCUUAAAGACUUUGGAGGAGAAAGAGACCAUCCUGCCCUGCCCGUAUGAGCUGAACGGAGAGAGGGUGGUGCAGGUCACCUGGUAUAAGAUAGGCCCUGAUGAGAACAAGGAGCAGAUGAUUACUGUACACAUGACCGAAGGCCAGUAUGUGACCGAGAAGUGGAAAGGUCGCGUGUCCUUUAAGAGCAAUCAACCCAUAGUGAACUCGACUCUGGUCAUCGCCAGCACAAAGCCCUCCGAUGAAGGCGAUUACCUCUGUCACAUCACUACUUACCCAACUGGCAACAUUGACAUAGAGAUGCAUCUCACCGUGUGGACCAUUCCCAUCAGCUCCUUGGAUCCUGUGGUUGUGAAGGAGGGCGAUUCCUAUAAGGUGGUAGCCUCCUGUCGCUCUGUGGCAGUCCCACCUCCUGAGCUCUCCUGGGACACAGAACUGAAUGGUCAUGCUGUCAAACAGAUCUCUGACAAGGGGGUUGUCUCCACACACUUCUCUCUGCACCCUCUGAGGAGUAUGAAUGGAAAGAAGCUGGACUGCCUGGUUCAGCAUCCAGAAUAUGACAAACCACGCAGGAUAGAAAAUCGACUGGUGGUGCACUUUCCUCCAAACUCUAAAGUGUCUGGCUACAGUAAACAAUGGUCUGUUGGUAUGGAGAAUGCUGCCCUGACGUGCAAACAUGAAGGAAGCCCUGAACCAACCCUCACUUGGACCAGAUUAGGUGGACAGCUUCCUCGUGGUGCAGUUCCUGACCCCGAUGGAAGACUCAUCUUUGAGCGACCCCUUAACGCCAAUGACUCCGGCACCUAUCAGUGCUUGGUGAAGAACUCAGAGGGUGAAAAUACGGAUACUGUGACCAUCAUUUUAGGAGCGCCCCCUGAGCCCAACAUCGAUUCUGAUAAGUUGAUGAUGUUCAUCAUUGUGGGAGGCGCGGUGGCCGGCCUGCUGAUCCUCAUGCUCGUCACCUUCUUCAUCCUCACUUGUCACCAUCAACGCAAGAACAAGAAGCUGAAGAAGGAGCUGACUCAGAAAAAAGAGGAAAUAACCACUUUGUCCAGACAAGCUUCGUUCAGGAGGGUGAACUCUGUCAGCACUGAUGCUAGAGAGCUUGAGGAACACCACCCUCUGAGGGUGGAGGGAACCCUGAGGAACAGCCUGUCGUCCCUCGGGGUCAGUCUACAGAUCAAUGAGCAGGCCCGUUGCAGAGACAGCAGAUCAACUGUCUCAGGUGGACGCGGAGGAGGGGCUCCCGCGUACGACUCUCUAGGCAGACCGUCCAUCUACAACAGCUCCCGGAGGGGAAGAGACAGGCCUAUGGAUCGGGACAGUGAAACCCGGCUUAGAGUAGAGCAAUAUGUGAGAAACAGCAACAUGUCCUUGCAGGACCCUCGGUUGCUUCCUCCUCUGCUGCAACCGAAAUAUCCUGCGGUCCACUCAACGGAGAUCAUAAGGCAGAUGAACGGCAAUGCCGUCAUCCCAACAGAUGGGGGUUCCCAUUCAGAAAGCUCCAUCAGGAACUACCAGUCCCCUCCCGUAAGCUGCACAUACCCACAAGUAACGUACGACGAGGAUGAGAUCGACGAAGGGCUGGGUGGCCCUGCCAGUCAGGAGCAUCCUUACGAUCAGGAUAGCGUUGCCUCUAGCUCGAAUUUCUCAAAGAACAGGAUGAGCCCUCAGCCUCACAAUCAUAACCCCCACACUUCAUACGUCCACAAGGCCCAGAUUGUUUAGCCGAUGGCAGCAGAACCUUAGGUGAAACCCCAAAACUGGGCAGUUGUACUUUUGGACACAAGUCACCCAGAAAAAGCUACUUUUAAUUUCUGCUCAGUAUGGAAACUGACUGAGCAGAAACUGACUGAGCACUUCACUCAAGAAGGACGACUCCUGAUCUCUGCUCUGCUCGGACGUUUAGAGAUCAGUCACAUUGAAAACAGAACAUAUGACUAAUUUCCCAGUCGUUGCAGCUGCGUCAGCUUUUGCUUGUUGUUUUAAGUGGGUUCAGCUGACAGGUGAACACAGCUGAGAAACCUUGUGCAUAUACACCUGAAGCAUUUCAUGCCAGUGGAAACCAGGAAAUGCAGGAGGAGUAUCAAAAAGAACAACUGUGUGGGAAAGUAUGUAAAUCAGAGGAGUCGAUUGCAACACCAGCAAAGCAAGGGCGUAUUGCUGAACUGGUGGUGUUCGGUGGAAGAGUAACUGUGCAUGUGACAAAUUCGCAUAUGCACAACUGUUUGGGAGCUGAUCCAGAAGUUGUGUGAGUGUCUGGCCACACCUGAAACAUGCAUACCUCUGUAUUGUCUCUAAGUCUUUCUCAGUCUGCAUUCAUCUCAGGCAUUAAGACAAGAAAAUAUGUCUCAAUGUUCAUUUUCAACACAUACGGACUGGUUCACGUCCGUUAGAUUGUGUUUUAUUAAAGAGACAUUCAAAAAGUUUUUUUUUUUAAAGUUCAGACGUUUCCACAUGCGAGGUCGGUUGUGUCCCGUAACUUUGCAAAUUUAAAAACUCUGCAUGUCAUGCUUUUUCACUCACGAAUACUGUGAAAAGAAGUUUCGUACACCCAACUUCUUCAUGUUUUUAAUGAAAAUUGACAUUGUAUAAAACCGCAUGAAACACAAUGAGCGCCAAGUCAGUUCACACACAGUUCACUUGUCACAAGAUUUAUACCCAAUGAAAUUUAGUUUACUUCCUUUUCUAAGUCUGUUGGUUUUUAAAUUAUAAAGUAUAAAGUCACAAAAACUCUUGACUACUUAUAAUGUAAUUCAAUUAGAUGUUAUUUUUAGUAGAUGUUAUUUCUAUCUUGUGGUUAGAAAGUCUUCACUGAUAGCACAUAGCCACAUUUCCUUUCAAAAGGCUGCAAGCAGAUUCUAAAAAUAUUCUUCAAAUCAUCAGUUUUGAAGCAGGUAACGUCCCCCUGGUGGGUACGAAUCGACACUCGGUCAGUUCGAAACAUGGCAGUAAACUCCUUCUGGCAUUGGACAAAAUUAAGUAUGAGAUUACAAAGAAGCAAGAGGUCCAAUAAAGUCUGUUACAUGUGGAAAUGCCUAUUGACAAUAAUGAAUGUAAACACAGACAUUUUUGUCCACAAGCUGUUCUGGGAGAGUUCCCAGCCAUUGUGGAUCUUUCGAUAGCAGCAACAGAAUUAUGCCUUUGCAAGAGGAAUGUGAUGUUAUAUUUACUAUUUCGAUACUCUGACAGAACCAAAUAUGUAUUUUCCUUUAUUUUUAUUAUCUGUGGACUGUUGGUUUUAACGUUUGGUUGAUAUAUGUUUUAAGUGUUGGGUUCUGUUACUUCCCUCAUAGGGGCGUGCCAAAGGGAAUAUGAAAAUGUGUUUUGCUUUUUUUCUUUGUGGAAAUUUAAGUAUUAUUUUCCUCCAUGUUACACAGCUUUCCUGCUGCAUAUAUGGCUGCUUCCCCGAGUUCGAGAUCUUUGGGUCGAAUAUUUAAGCAAUUUGUGACAAACAAAGCACUGAUCCCAAACACCUCAAAGGCGAGAGCCGUUGAACGGCUUGCUGUCGAUUUGUUGAGGAAAAGCUCUCCCUGCUGUGCAUAGCUGGGAACUGCAGGUGGCUGGUAGAAUUCACUGAGCUAUGAAUUAUUUUUUUUAUUCCAAAUAUUGUUGUGUUUCCAAAAAUCUUCCUGAUCUGGAUUUUUGUUUUUCCCUUCGAGGGUGGUGUGACAUUGAGGAUAAAUAUGGGAGGGUAAAAUAGCAUCAAUGUCAUCCAGUUACUCGAGGGAUUUUUAUUUUAAUUUUUUUUUACUUUGAACAUGUGAACCACUGCAGAGGACGUCAAAGUUUAAAUAAAUACUAGAUCAUCA